UAGAAUUAUAAAUUAGGGAAUCCAUGGAAUUUGCUUAUGCCUUUAGGAGAUUAUCAUAGUCUAGUUCAGUUUUAUCCAUUGGCUAAAGUGAAAUUAAAAUGCCCCUAAGACACUGCAAUUGUUGAAGUUUACUUGAAUUUAAAUUACUACAAAUCAAAAUUAUCCAAGAAAGGGAGAUUUGAGACCAGCCACAGAAUUAUUAGGAUUGCAAAGUGACUUUAAGGACUCUUGUUAAAGGCUGAAAAGAGAGGUAGGUCCACAUGGGGAUAUUUACUACAAAGGAGCAGAUGGCUUGCCUACCUAUAAGUGAUAUUCACAAUGUCCAUCAGUGGAAGGUUGAGGUGAUCCUUUUGGCUUUCAUUAUCUAUAAGGAACAUGAGUCCAGUUUACAUGGUGAUCCCAUCCUGACAACAUGAAAGUUUCUAGGAAAUUUAAGCCAUAAUAGUUUUUUCAGCAUUAAUCUGACAUUGCAGUGUGUAUGUUUUAUGUCUUCAGCAUUGCUAAUCUAACCUGAGCUAAUAUCUAUUAUGUAUGUCUCUCCAUGGGAGACAUUUUGAGGUAGCAAGUACCAACGGAUGAUAGUAUGUGAAUAAAUCAUAAAUUGUGACCACAUCUUAAUAUGUUCUGUAUUAUGCUGAAUGUAUGUCCUACUGAACAAAACAAAUUCUAAGUGAAAAUGAGUCAACUCCAAGAGGGCCUAUCAUAUUGAAGGAAUAUAUAUGUUGUGGGGUAAAGAUCUUUAACAGUUAGGAUUCUAUUCAAUAGGCAUGUUAAGAUUUUUUUUUUUAAUUUGCGUUAGAUCUAUAAGGAUUUAUAAAUGAGCUCCAAGUCCCAUCUCAUGUUAGUUAAUAUAAUAAAAGUAUCUGUAUAAUUUAUGUUGAUUAUUUUUCAUUUUGAAGAGUGACACUUUCUGUGUGUAGCUGAAAAGACCAAAGUUGAGAGCUCAGUAAUCUCUUCAAACUAAAUACAGCUUUGCUUUGGACUGAAGAUCUGACUCAUCUCACUUGUCACAUUAACUUUGUCCUAGAAGACAACUUUACAAGGCUCUAAAAGGAACAGGAUUAAAGAUGACCGAAUUCUUGGCUCCAGAAAUUUAAAACCAUCAGCUUAGCAAAUCAUAUAUUCUUCAGUGGAGUUGAGAAUUGAUAAAUCUGCUCUUCACAGUGAUUUGGAACUUUCCAAUCCCAGAGAAAAGUUGACCAAGGGACUGUACAGGACUGAGUCCAUAUGGAAGAAGAACUUCCUCUUUUCUAUGGAGAGAGUGGCAAGUCAGUACAGGCUACUCUGUCGUCUUUGAAGAUGUUAGAUGUGGGCAAGUGGCCAAUUUUUUCCCUUUGUUCUGAGGAAGAACUGCAGUUGAUUCGUCAGGCGUGUGUCUUUGGCAGUGCUGGCAAUGAAGUUUUAUAUACUACAGUAAACGAUGAGAUUUUUGUGCUUGGCACGAACUGCUGUGGCUGUUUGGGGUUAGGUGACGUCCAGAGCACCAUUGAACCUCGGAGACUGGAUUCCUUAAGUGGCAAAAAGAUAGCCUGCCUCAGCUACGGUAGCGGUCCACACAUUGUCCUUGCAACAACAGAAGGAGAAGUCUUUACCUGGGGUCAUAAUGCUUACAGCCAGCUGGGCAAUGGGACAACUAAUCACGGUUUAGUGCCCUGUCACAUCUCUACUAAUUUGUCCAACAAACAAGUCAUCGAAGUUGCCUGCGGGUCUUACCAUUCUUUGGUGCUAACAUCUGAUGGAGAGGUGUUUGCCUGGGGCUACAAUAACUCUGGGCAGGUGGGAUCCGGCUCCACCGCUAAUCAGCCCAUCCCCCGGCGCGUCACGGGCUGCCUGCAGACUAAAGCGGUGGUGAACAUAGCGUGCGGGCAGAUGUGCUCCAUGGCCGUGGUGGACACCGGCGAGGUGUACGUCUGGGGUUACAACGGGAACGGGCAGCUCGGCCUGGGCAGCAGUGGCAACCAGCCCACGCCCUGCAGGAUCGCCGCGCUGCAGGGCAUCCGCGUCCAGCGGGUUGCCUGUGGCUAUGCGCACACGUUAGUGUUAACAGAUGAAGGCCAAGUGUAUGCUUGGGGUGCCAAUUCCUAUGGCCAGUUGGGCACUGGCAAUAAAAGCAACCAGUCCUACCCGACCCCUGUCGUUGUGGAAAAGGACAGCAGCUGCUGCGGUCAGCCACGCCUGCGCCCCACCCCUGACUUCCUGUGCGGAGCCAGGUGUGCCAGGAUCAUAGAGAUCGCAGCCUGUCACUCUGCCCACACGUCCGCCGCCAAGACCCAGGGAGGGCACGUGUACAUGUGGGGCCAGUGCCGGGGCCAGUCGGUGCUCCUCCCCCAUCUCACCCACUUCUCCUGCACCGACGACGUGUUCGCCUGCUUCGCCACUCCCGCCGUCACGUGGCGCCUCCUGUCCGUGGAACCCGAUGACCACCUCACAGUGGCUGAGUCACUGAAGAGGGAAUUUGACAACCCAGACACUGCAGACCUGACAUUUCUGGUGGAUGGAAAGUACAUUUAUGCACAUAAAGUCCUUCUCAAAAUUAGAUGCGAGCAUUUUCGUUCUUCGCUGGAAGACAAUGAGGGCAAUGUUGUAGAAAUGAGCGAAUUUUCAUACCCCGUUUACCGAGCCUUCCUGGAAUACCUGUACACAGACAGCAUCAGCCUCUCUCCUGAGGAGGCAGUAGGGUUGCUGGACUUGGCUACGUUUUAUAGAGAAAAUCGUUUGAAAAAGCUCUGCCAACAAACUAUCAAACAGGGAAUCUGUGAGGAGAAUGCGAUCGCUCUGCUCUCCGCCGCUGUGAAAUACGACGCCCAGGAUUUAGAAGAAUUCUGCUUCAGGUUUUGCAUAAAUCAUCUGACUGUAGUAACACAAACUUCAGGCUUUGCAGAAAUGGACCAUGAUCUCCUGAAGAACUUUAUCAGCAAAGCAAGCAGAGUUGGAGCCUUUAAAAAUUGAUCCCACCUACAGGAAAGGAGUUUUUGAGCCUUUCCAUUUCCCCUGCAAAAGCCAGAGAUAAAUAACUUCUCUUUAAUUAAUAGUAUGUAUGAUGAGCUACAUUUGGCUGAGUAGUUGUGUCUGUCAAAAGAAGGAUGGUGGUGAGUCAUCUUCAUCUGCCUAAAUCCAAAGUUACAUAGAAAGUAUCGAAUGCACUGAUCAAAAGUGACUAAGGUCAAGGAAAAAAAUUAUAAUACCUUAUUGUUAAUAUAUUUACCAUAUCCUCUUUUGAGUCACUUAAGUUGGAUGCCUUUGGUACACUGGUACAUGCUAUUCUGGCCCAAAUGUUCCGUUAUGCGGCUGGCUGAUGUCACGUAGAUAGCUUGACAAGGAAUGCUGUCCCUACCACAUUUUCAGCAUCUAGCACAGUGCCUCGAAUAUGGUAGGCACUUGAUUAUUGUUAUAAUAUGUACUGGGAACAGCUCUAUUCGUGGAAUACUGGAUGAAGGAAUAACUUAUACAAAAUAAAUUUAAAACAGCCCACAAUUCUUAAGGUCCAUAUUCUUCUGGUACACUGUUCUGAGAAACAGUGGCUAAUUUAGAGCAUUCAUUAGAAUUCACAAAAGGCCUUGGCAAUUAAACUGUCAAAGGCCCAAGGGCUAAUUUUAAUUUAUUUAUUCUGAGUCAUUAGUUUCUCACACGGGAUUAGUGAAUAUGAAGUGUUAUCUUUGAAUGAGAUUCUUGGGUUGAUCUGCCUCACCUGAUCACAUAAGGGCCUUUGCUUUUGUGUUCAGAGGGAUUUGCCUCCAUAAGUAAAAAUGAUUGUUUCUAUCAUAGCUGGCUUUCAUGUCACUAUAAAACAGGUCUCAACCUGGCACUCGUAAAAUUGUGAAGUACUAGCUGAAAAGGAACUAAAUGCUUACAUUUCAUGGACAGCAUUAACAAAAAUGAGAUAAAUUUAUACUUUUUAGAUCAAAACAAGUUACCCAAUUGCAAAAGAGAACGUGGAAAUGGGAUGUAGUAUUGAUUCCUCUAAUAUGUAUCUCACAAUAUGAUAUUAUGUAAAGAAAACAUUUUUGGAAUUAGAAAUCUUGUUCCGAUGCUGAACUAUUUGAUAAUAAAGUGAUCAUUUAUAGAUAAUAGAACAAAUGUGUUGUUUUUUUUUAAUCCCUAAGAAGCAAAAUUAUAUCAAUCUCUAUAUUUUAUAUGUACAUCUAUAUUUUAGAUGUACAUAAAUGUCUUUGAUAUAUUAUACUCUUGUUUUCUAGAGCAGUCAGAUAAGUUCUCAUAGCAAAAUCCACCCUAAAACAUAAAUGGCUUAUAAAUAAACCUAAUUACUAUUCAUAUUAUUGCCUCUGACUGCUCAUUACUGGUGAGGUCAAUUUUUUUUUUCAUAUUUGAAAACUUAAUUUUUUUUAGAGCAGUUUUAGGUGUUCCUAGCAAGAUUGAGAGGACAGUGCAGAGAUUUCCCACAUGCCCCCUGCCCCCACAUAUGCACAGCUUCCCCUGCUGUCAGCGUCCCCCACCAGAGUGGGACAUUUGUUACAACUGAUGAACCUCCACUGACACAUCGUUAUCAGCCAUGGUGCAUAGUUUAUUAAUACAUAAGGGUUCACUCUUGAUGUAUAUUUUAUGGGUUUGGACAAACAUAUAAUGUGUCCAUCAUCACGGUAUCAUAUAGACUAGUUUCACUGCCCUAAACAUCCUCUGUGCUC